AUGCCCGCUAUUCGAAACGAACGACGUAAACCGCACGGACGAGAAAAUUUUGGUACUGGGAUCGGGGGCGGCGCUGCACCGCCCAGGCAACGACGCGCGCCUUCACCAGCUCCCAGCAUCGAUUCGGGGGUGUUGCAUCAAGACGAAGAUGGACAGCUGGAACUUGUCAAGGAUGCCCAACAGUCAUACGUGCAAAAUGUUAACAUGUCGACCGGACGCAUCAAGGUCAAGUGCAUGAAGUCUCACCCUGCAAUCAAGGGGUUCAUGGGAGCCCAUACUUCCCUUGACAGGUGCUAUGUUCCCUGGGUCAUAGCCAAUGCGCCCGAGAACAAACCUCGCACGAUCGUUCCAGGCUCGAUCGUCGUCACUAGGGCGGAUGACGAAGAGGAGGGUUUCGCUGACAAGUUUUGGUGCAUUUCUGUUACCGCAAUCAAGGAGGACGGCACAAUAGUCGGGCUCUAUUGGGAGUCCCUGAAGUGGACCAAAGCUGCCAUUAAGAAGGGUAUGGUUCAUGAACCGGAUGUCCUUCUGAAAGUCAUCAACGGCCUACCCAAAAAUACCAACAAGGAAAAAAUGCUCUUCGCGACCAACGAACAGGCUGUCAUUCCAGUCGGAAACAUUGUCGCCGCGUGUACCGAGCAGGAAUUCAGGUCGCUGUGGGGUAUGUCCAGUACCUACAGCUUCCAUAUUCGCCGAGAGAAUGGCUUGCGCGUCUACAAGGUCCUUCACGCUCCGAGUAAAAAGUGA